AUGAGCAAAUUUAAUGAACAAAUCAAAGAACUAAACAGAAAUUCUCUAACAAAUUUUGAAAAAGAUGAAAAAAUUCAUAGCAUGUUGUUCGGGCGUUUGACUUGUGAGCAAAAAAAAGCAGUGUUUAUGAACCAUGAAAGCUCAUUGUUAAUUGUUGCUGGCCCAGGGACUGGGAAAACUGCAACAUUAACAUCUAGAAUUGUUCGUUUUUUAUUAAGUGGUUAUUCGCCAAUACUCGCAUUGACAUUCACUAGAAAAGCAGCAAAUGAACUUAAAAGUAGAGUUUCGACUAUUUACACAUCUUCAGCAAAAAUUAUGUAUGCAAAAUUGAAGAAUUUAAAGAGUAGUUCACAAAAUGAUAAGUAUUUAUCAGAUUUUAUUUCAACACCAGAAAUAUUCAUUGGCACCAUUCACUCAUUUUGUUGGAAAGUUCUUAAAGAAUAUGGCACUUUCAUUGAUUUGCCAAAAGAUAUUACAAUUAUUGAUAAGGAAAUGGCAUUUAAAUUACUAAAAUCAUGUAUAUCUGAAGAUUUUAAUACAGUUUCAUCUAAAUUGUCAGAUUAUUCUUCGCUAAUUUUUGACCCAAUCAAUUACGAUGAAAUUGAACGAGAUGACUUCGAUGGCGAUAAUGAAGAUGACGAAGUUGGUGAUAAAACUCGCAGUGUUGAAAUUGAACAAUUAAAAAAUUUAAAUAAUAAUUUAAACUUUUUAAAGAAAGAAACAGAUGAUGAUGGGCAGUCUACAAAAAACGAACUUGAGAAAAUAUUAAAGAUAAUCAAAUUAUUGAAAAUAAAGAAAUAUAUAAAUAAGAAUGAAUGUACGAUAGAUGAUGUUAAUGGUAAUCACAAAUUAUUUGGCGUUUACCUUUCAUAUACAAAAAAAAUGGCAAUGAAUAAGCCAUAUUUACUAGAUUAUACUGAUUUAAUUAUACUCACACUGAGAUUAUUAGAAAACAAUAUUAAAAUUAGAGAGGAAAUUCAGGAUUCAUACCCUUAUAUAUUUUGUGAUGAAUUUCAGGAUACUUCUAAAUUACAGUUUAAAAUAUUGGAACUUCUAACUAGAAGUCAAAAUAAAAAAAGAAAGUUCGGAUUAGAGGAAUUUUUGGAAAAUGAAAGUUUGAAAAAGGGUGGCAUUACUGUAGUUGGGGACGAUGACCAAGCUAUCUACAGUUGGAGAGGUGUUGACACUGGAGUUUUCUCACAAUUUUCUUCAAUAUUCAAACAAAACUUUAGUUUAGUUUAUUUAACUACAAAUUUUAGAUCCUCAAAAUCUAUUAUCGCAGUUUCAAAUUAUCUUAUUAAAAAUAAUAAAUCCAGAAUAAUUAAGUCAUUAACAAGUAACAAUGGCCCUGGAAUAGAACCAGCAGUUUAUUAUUUUUCAAAACAAAUCGAUGAAAUGCAAUGGAUUGCCUCUACCAUUCUAUUAUUCAAAAUAAAAUACAAUUAUUCAUGGAGUGAUUUCGCUAUUCUGGCAAGAACAAAUGAUACCCUUUUUUACAUCGAAAAAUUAUUCAGUGAUAAGCAAUUUUUAAUUAGUUGUAUAGAAAUGUUUCAAGAUACGGAAAAUAUAAAUCAAGAAAAAAACUGGUUCAAAAUGAUCUCCAAUGAUUUAUUGAAUUUUGAUAUUAAUCAAUUAAAUGAAUUUAAAUCACUUGAAAUUAUUUUUCCAAUGGAAAAUACUUCCAGAAGUAAUCCAAAAUCUACAUCUGAUUUACUAAGCAAAACAGAAAUAUUGGAUAUAUUGUCAUAUUGUAGACUGAUAGUUGACGAAACAGCUGAUGAUUGCUUUUUGAGAGUAUGUAAUCGUCCUAAAAGAGGUAUUGGCGAUAAUGCUAUAAAGUUAAUUGAAGAUUAUGGUGCUCAAGGAAUUUCGCUAAUGAGAAAAUCCACUCAGCCAUUAAACGGGAUUUGUGAAUUAAGUAAUGGUUUCAUUAAUGAACAAACAAACACAUAUAAAUCAAUAAUGAAUGUGUGUAGAAUGCUAGUAUCAAAUAAAUUGGAAAUAAGGUCUAAAUUUGAUCACAGCCUAUAUAAGAAGACGAUAAAUUCGAUCAAAUUGUUCUUAGAAUCAGUAGACGACUUAAAAAAAUUCGUUAAAAAUAAGGUUUCUGUGCGAGAAAUAAUUAAUGAAAUUGUAAAAAAAAUGAAUCUAGAUUAUCGAGAUAUAAAUAAUAAAGACUUUAAAAAAAAAAAAAUAUCUCCAUCCAAUUCAUUUACUAAUUUGAAUUAUAAAAUUGCAAAUUCUGAGAAAGCAAAUAUGAGAAAAUUGAGCAUCUUUAAUUCAAUCUCAGCGCUUUUAAAAUAUUCAGAACCUUAUACACCUAAUGAAGAACAACCUACUGGCUAUGAAUGCUUACUUUGUUUUUUACAAGAUGCCUCAAAUGGUUUAUUACAAAUUAAAAAGGGAGAAAAAAUAUCUUUAUCAACUAUUCACAAGGCAAAGGGUCUUGAGUGGAAAGUUGUUUUUAUCCCCAAAUUUAUAGAUAAGAUAUUCCCAUUAUAUAGAGAAACUGAAUAUUUGGAAUUGAAAAACGAGUUUAAUGAGAUUAUUUCAGAAGAAGAAAGAAGGAUUGCAUACGUAGCCUUUACAAGAGCAAAAGAAAGACUUCUUAUUAGUGUCCCACUUAACGUUGGAAAGCCUUCACCCUUUAUUCAAGAUGCUAAUCUUCCCACUUAUAAUAGAGUUUCAAAGAAAAAAGAAUUAAUUAAACAAUGUCCAAGAAUAGUUACAGGAAAAAAUUGGAUAAAAUUUCAUUAA